GAAGCUCGCGAAGGGGAUCGAUAGGUGGAAUUGUCGUAAAUCAUCUGUCCUCGCGGCACCCACUAUCUUAUCUUAUCUUGACAACAUUCAUUGCGGCUGGGCUCCAGCAGUCAGACUUGAGCUUGAACUCGAAUGACUUACCUACUGUAUUUCGCUACAGUAAGUAUGGAAGUUUCUCCUGUGGUAGUUCGAAUUUCGCGUCGCUGACGUCUCCAGAAAGGUGAGUUGAUUUUACGGGGUGCACUAGUACCGGAGAAAGAGAGGGAAGAUCCGAGAUAAAUCUUCAUGUGCAGGUCCGUACUCAAUCCUUGUCUUGAACGUUUGAACAACACCCGAAUAUCAGUGACUACAUAAUUCUUCCUUUUCACAAUCGUUCCGCCGACCGCGUACAUUCUAUUGGUAUACCGUGCCGACCUCCUAUAACAUUAUAAAUAAUGCUCACGUUUCUUCGCAUGCGCGCCCAACACGCGGUCGCUCCGAAGGAUGUGCUACUCUAAAGUGUAAUAUCGCUGAAGAUUCCUGCAGUCAAUUUCCCUCGAUACUGUCUUUUAUAUCCGACCACCCUCGGCAUAUUCUCAGAUGGCACGGAGCUAUCGGUAUAUCCGACAUAUUCUGCCGGACGUUUACGCAGGCACAUUCAGCCAAUUUUGGUGAGAUUGUUGACUUCAAUACGGUGGCAAACGAGGCUGUUGUGAUGGUAUAGAUGAUUCUCGUUCACAUCUCCGAGUCAGAAAGGCCGUAAUUCAUGGGGAAACAGUGUAUAAAAGGUGCAGAACCCUGCUGCUCAACCAUACUCCUUAGCUCCCCUACCUCUUUACCGUAACCUCAAAGUCGAACUUCACCCGCAAAAUGUCUAAUUUGCUUGCACCACCUCCACUUCCUGCUACUAAACUUGGUAGACAUCGCCAAUUGGCACCAAUUGCUGGUCUUCAUGCUUCUCCCAUUUGUCUUGGUGCGAUGAGCAUUGGUGACAAAUGGGGUGCGCUCAUGGGGGCGAUGGACAAGGACAACAGUUUCAAGCUCCUUGACGCCUUCUACGAAGCCGGUGGGAACUUCAUCGAUACAGCCAACGCUUACCAAAGCGAAAGCUCUGAAGAGUUCCUUGGUGAAUGGAUUGAACAGCGCGGCAUUCGCGAUGAGAUAAUUAUCGCGACCAAGUAUACCACUAACUUCAAGAUGGGUAACACCAAAGUCCGCCAGCAGACCCACUACGUUGGCAAUAACCUCAAAUCGAUGCAUAUCUCUGUGGAAGCUUCAUUGAAGAAGUUGCGCACAGAUUACAUCGACAUUCUGUACGUUCACUGGUGGGACUUCGCUACUAGCGUCGAGGAAGUCAUGAAUGGCUUGCACAACCUCGUUGCGCAAGGGAAAGUUCUCUACUUGGGUGUUUCUGAUACGCCUGCUUGGGUCGUCUCUCGGGCGAACUCGUACGCCAGGGAGAACGGUAAAACACCCUUUGUUAUCUAUCAGGGCGCAUGGAGUAUCUUACAGAGAGACCUGGAGCGAGAAAUCUUGCCCAUGGUUAGGGCUGAAGGAAUGGCUCUUGCUCCAUUCAAUGUCUUGGCUGCCGGUAAGAUUCGUUCGGAUGCCGAAGAACAAAAGCGUCGUGAGACGGGUGAGAAGGGUCGAGCAAUUCAGGAUCCAAGCUGGGAACGCACAGAGAAUGAGAGGAAGGUCUGUCUUGCAUUAGAGAAAGUUGCUGGGGAAGUCGGAGUGCAGAGUAUCACCGCUGUCGCCAUCGCGUACGUGAUGCAGAAAGCUCCUUAUGUCUUUCCGAUCAUUGGUGGAAGAAAAAUCGAACACCUACAUCAAAACCUCGAGGCACUCAAUAUCGCUCUUACGCCUGAGCACAUCAAGUACCUCGAGAGCAUUCUGCCCUUUGAUCUUGGAUUCCCCUAUAAUAACUUCGGCAACGGAUCGGACUACGCCUUCCUCUUCAAAACUGCUGGAUACUUUGACAAGUGGCCCAGGCAGGAGGCUAUUCGUCCCUCCAAGGAUUGAAAGAUCCGCCUUUUGGAACAGUGAUACCAUCUGUCUUCCCAUGCAUGUGUACUUGAGAUAUAGAUAGUCAAUAAUCAUCUCAGGAUUGUAUAGCCAUUGUUUCUAUGUCGGCAAUCGAGUACUUGAAUAUGGACUGUUGGUUUGGACAAUCUAGCGAUUGGUAGUUACUUGCCAAAUGUAGGUGGGAUUUGCUAUAAAUGGUAGGUAGAUAU